UCUUUCUUUCUUUACUCUUUACUCUUUUAGAACUGGGCCAGUUAGUCCAAACCAGGUACUAUUUAGCGGAGGCUUUUUUGGUGCUCAGUUGGAAAAAGAACCCAAAACGACGAACCAACCCAAAGCCCCCACUAUAAUUCUAGGGUUUGUCAUUUCGCAAUCAACGAAUCUAAGGUUCGAUUCACAACUCCUUUUCUUUGAAUUCUGUAUCUUUACAUAUCUGUGAAAAAAAAUCACUGUUCGUGACUUGUAGUGAAAGAAAGAAAUCGAAACCCUAGUUUUCCAGCUCAAAUCGAUUUCGAUUGCCUCGUUUCCUGAGAAUUCAAUCAAUAUGACUCAAGACGUUGAGAUGAAAGAACAGGCUCCUCCUCCUUCAAACUCUGUUACAUCCACUGGUCCCUCCACUUUGCAGCAUUUGAAGGAAAUUGCAUCGCUAAUUGAGACUGGUGCGUAUGCUCGUGAGGUGCGUCGGAUUGUGCGCGCUGUGCGGCUGACCAUUGCACUGAGGCAGAAGUUGAACGCCUCUGUGGUUUCUGCAUUCCUGAACUUUGUCCUCGUACCUGGAUCGGAGUUGCACAGUCGAUUAUGGUCGUAUCUUCCCAAGGAAGAUGAGCAUGAUAUGGAAGUUGAUACUGCAUCAUCUGCAACUCAAGCGCCUGUGAAACACGCUUUGCCAGAGCUAGAGAUUUAUUGCUAUUUGCUUGUGCUGAUAUUUUUAAUUGAUCAGAAGAGAUACAGUGAGGCUAAAGCUUGUUCCUCAGUCAGCAUUGCCCGUCUGAAGAAUCUGAAUAGGAGAACCGUUGACGUUCUAGCAUCCAGGCUCUAUUUCUAUUACUCCCUUAGCUAUGAAGUUACUGGUGAUCUUGCUGAGAUCCGGGGUAACCUUCUUGCAUUACACCGGAUUGCAACCUUGCGCCAUGAUGAGUUGGGGCAGGAAACACUUCUCAACCUGCUACUUCGGAAUUACCUCCAUUACAACUUAUAUGAUCAAGCAGAGAAGCUGAGGUCAAAGGCACCUCGUUUUGAAGCUCACUCAAAUCAACAGUUCUGCCGCUACCUCUUUUACCUGGGAAAGAUUAGGACAAUUCAGUUGGAGUAUACGGAUGCAAAAGAGUCUCUCCUCCAAGCUGCUCGGAAAGCCCCUGUUGCAGCUCUUGGGUUCCGGAUUCAAUGCAAUAAGUGGGCUGUAAUAGUGCGCCUACUGCUAGGAGAGAUCCCUGAAAGGACUGUUUUUAUGCAGAAAGGCAUGGAGAAGGCUUUGAGGCCAUACUUUGAGCUUACAAAUGCUGUUCGAAUUGGAGAUUUAGAGCUGUUUAGAAAUGUUGCUGAUAAGUUUUCAAGCACUUUCAGUUCAGAUAGGACCCACAACCUGAUUGUUAGGCUGCGGCAUAAUGUCAUAAGGACUGGGCUCCGAAACAUCAGUAUCUCUUACUCCCGUAUCUCAUUGGCUGAUGUAGCCAAGAAGCUGAGAUUGGACUCUGCAAACCCUGUUGCUGAUGCUGAGAGUAUUGUAGCCAAGGCAAUCCGUGAUGGUGCAGUUGAUGCGACGUUGGAUCAUGCAAAUGGUUGGAUGGUAUCGAAGGAGAUGGGUGACAUUUACUCUACAAAUGAACCUCAAAUUGCUUUCAACUCGAGGAUUGCUUUCUGCCUUAACAUGUACAAUGAAGCAGUGCGUGCUCUUCGUUUUCCACCAAAUUCACACAAGGAGAAAGAAAGUGCUGAGAAAAGGAGGGAGAGACAACAGCAGGAGCAAGAGCUUGCAAAGCAUAUAGCCGAAGAAGAUGAUGAUGAGUUUUAACAAUGUUUGUCGGCGUCUGGUUACAUGUUCUGCGCACCUAGCAACGCUUUCUCAUAGCAGUGCAGCAGUUUCAUUGAAAUACCUUCUACGAGGAUGUUUUGAUUUCCAAGGACAGAACGACUAUCAUCCGUGAUUGCAUUUGCCUUUUUCUAUCUGGUUCCAGUUGCAGGUCUGAGCAAUUACUAUUUCAUUCUUUUAGAUUAUAUUUUGGAACCCUGCCUCUUCUAGCAUUCAUCCUUUUAAGAAUUCUCUAUGUUUAGGCUGCUUUGUGUGGUCAGGUUGAUGGCAACCCGCUCUUUCUUGUCGGACUGAUUGAGUGGUAAACAUAAUAUAUUUGCUUCAGGGUGAAUGACCACACAACUGCACUGUAGCAAUGUUUGUUAUCCUGAUUUUGUAGGUGAUAUCAGAUGCCUUUUUUAGUGACUUGUUGGAUAUCUGCUAAUAAACUACCAAACCCACCCCUGUAUGGAUGACUACCAGUGUUGGUGGCCAGGUAAGGCCAUCCAUCGAGCUCUUACCUAUUUUGUUGAAUGACAGACGAGGUAGCCAUGUUUUUUAAGGA